UUAAUGUGUUCCUCUGUGCCAGAGCUCAAAAUACCUCCAUCCCAGAUAGUACAAGUAACUACAUGCAGAUUGAAUUAGGAUCUUGAAAUGCAAGGCUGCUCACUGCAUGUGACCGCUCAAGCAACAGGCGUUGUGGAGAAACCAGGGUCACACGAUCAGGGCUAAAUCAAAUCAUUGCAUUUACAAAUCCAUCAGUGAGGUUUUCCGUGCACACUGCCUGGUCACGUGCUCGACAGUUCCUUCUGAGCACCUUGCAUGGAAUUUCCAUAAUGCGUAAAAUGCUUCAAACUCAGUAAUGGAAGUCCUCAGAUGUAUUCCCCCCUGUUGUGUUAAAUUAGUGGACAAAAUUCAUACCAAUUCAAUUAUAUGUGGGUAACAUUUUCCUCUGGAUUUUCAGAGACAGGACUCCUAAAGAAAGGUGACUAAAUGGGUGGAGGAACAGUUAAUAAAACAAAGGCACAUUAUAUAAGAAUGAGAGUGUGAUUAUGGUGAACACAUCAAAACAUACUAGUAACCCCAGACUCUCCGAUGCCCCUCACAACAAAGGUAACAUAGUUUACCUAGCCUAUGUUGGUCACACUCAGCCUAAAAAAACCCCAGAAAAAGUGCCCAUUUGGCAUACCAGGACCUUUUUCAGGUUGGACUAUUUUGAAUUAUGAUGACUGUUAAUAUGAACUCUUAUGCUAUUAAGUAAUAGUCAAGACAAGUUAUUUUUAUAUUAAACACAAUCUAUCGUAACUCCGUAUGAUUUCAAAUGACAGCUGGUAUUUCAAAUGUGACAUCACGAAUCCGUUGCACAGCUGUGGUGGCCUUUGUUUCCUUGUUGCGCUGGCGGUGUUGAGACGCCUUCUUUCCUUAUAGCAUGUAAAAAGCUGAAUAGAAAUUAGGUCGAUUGCUCUUGUACGAUGUAAGGCGUUGAAACUGUAUCUUUGACUGCUUCUUUCUUAUGGUCGAGAUAAUCUCGAGAGGGUCAUGUUUUUUCCUUAUUCUCCCACUACGUUGGACCACCUCCUCAUGUCGUCACAUCUCAGAGCUACAAAAGCUAUAUGGAGGAAUUAGACGAGGCUGAAACCGGACAGGAACAACAGGCGGUGUCAGGGGAGUCGCAAACUGGCGAAAUACAACAGAAAUGAAGGUCUUAAACUCGAUUUAUCGCACGGUGAACAGCCUAUGUAGCCGGCAAGGCGAAAGAGGGACCGCACUGGCCCGAUGCGGUUUGUGCGGCACUGCAACGUCAAACAGCAAGUUCCAGCCGGACUUUGGCUUGCUGUUUGAUAUUGAUGGAGUCCUCGUCCGGGGGAAAACCCCCAUCCCUGCAGCAAAGAAGGCCUUUCAAAGACUGGUGGACUCCAAUGGCCAGUUUGUCGUCCCUGUUGUGUUCGUCACCAACGCUGGAAACUGCCUUCGCCAGAAGAAGGCCGACCAGUUGUCCCAUAUUUUGGGAGUGCCUAUCUCCCAAGACCAAGUCAUGAUGUCCCAUAGUCCUCUGAGAAUGUUCACGAAGUACCAUGACAAAUGCAUCCUGGUCUCUGGACAAGGCCCGGUUCUAGACAUUGCCAAGAACCUGGGGUUCAUGAAGGUGGUCAGCAUCGAUAUGCUGCGGGAGUCAUUUCCCCUGCUGGACAUGGUGGAUCACAACAGACGCCCCCGGCUACCGUCUUCUCUCCUGGUAAACCUCCCUAAAGUUGAAGCUGUUAUCCUGUUUGGUGAGCCCAUCCGAUGGGAGACAAACUUGCAGCUGAUAGUGGACGUGCUCCUGACCAAUGGCAACCUGGGCAGUACCUAUGUGAACUCACCGCCCAAUCACCUCCCUCUACUGGCCUGCAACAUGGACCUCAUGUGGAUGGCCGAGGCACCGUCUCCACGCUUUGGUCAUGGCACCUUCCUGGUGUGUUUGGAGAACAUCUACAAGAAGGUGACGGGGAAGGACCUGAAGUACGAGGCCCUGAUGGGGAAGCCCAGUGAGCUCACCUACCACUUUGCAGAGUACCUGAUCCGGGAGCAGGCCGCAGAGCGAGGCUGGAGGGCCCCCGUUAGAUCCCUCUAUGCCAUCGGGGACAACCUCAUGACCGACAUCUACGGUGCUAACCUCUACAACCGCUACCUCGAGGAACGGGCCCGUCGCACGAGCACCAAAACUGUGGCCAAAGCUGUGGCAGGGGCGGGGGUGGGUGCGGGGCUCAGAGGUAGCCCCUCCUCCACUGCAUCCGCCACUGCUGCCGCCACUGCAUCGCAGGAGGUGGACUGUCGCUGGGAGAGUGAGCUGGCAUCGCCCUCCGCCACCUCCUGCAAGUCCAUCCUGGUGUGCACGGGUGUCUACAACCCUCACACAGAGGUGCCGCCCGAUUCCAGCCACUCCAUCAAAGAGACGGUGUUCCACGGCCACCGCGACUUCCGCUUCGACCCGGCACUCGUGGAGCCGGACCACAUCGUGCAAGAUGUGGAUGCCGCUGUGGAGCUCAUCUUUGAGCAGGAGAGGUUUGGGGCGCCCGUUUAGAGUAGGAUGGGUAGGGUAGGAUGAUAUUUAGCAAAAGAAGGCGAGGGGGUGAAAGUAAGGGUGAGAGACUGGCCUGGGCAUUUUGUUGGAAAAAGACAUCAUCAUACUAGUCAGACUUCCUGUUUGCAGAACAGCAAUGUCAUCAGAUCCGUGGUCACUCAUCAAGUACGCAGCAUCAGGGGUCUGAUUCAGCCUGGAAAGGUUUCUUAUACAGUCCAGUGAAACCUUCCAGAAGGUUCCCAGUGCGGGCUGUGUCCCUUUCAUGCUUUUAGAAGUGCCCGCACUGAAAGCCCUCCGCAGGUUGGAUCCGAUGGUGUUGUUGAUGUUAACAGACCCUCCCUACAGCAACUCAGCCAGGCCUAGAUCUGGCCCUGAGUUGGCCUAGAUGCGGCGCCCAUCAUCUGAGCAGCUGUAAGGGGAAGGAAAUGGACAUGAACAAUGAUGUCAUCACUUUCAGCCCCUGAGUAAACCUCUCCAGAAGAUGCUGUGUCUGCAGAAAAAAAAAAAAAAGAUUUGCCGUUGUCUGUCACGUUUUUUGUUACUGUUGUUUUUUUUUAUUUUGCAUGUUUUUCUUCCGGCUGACGAGCUGUGUAGGAGCACAGACUUGACCAAUACCUUGAGACAGCAGUUCACAGUGGACACAGUACUGUCUUUGUGUUUUAGCUGCCAUCGGCACUGGUUUAAAUGCAUCUUAACCAUAGUAUCUUAAUUCAUGACGCGUCAGACACUCCAGUAGGUUCAUUUUCAAUACCGUAUGUCUUUCAGGUGGUGAUAGCAGUAGCGCUUUUGAAAGUGCUUUGCUAAUAUUUGUAAUUAGGUCAGUAUAUCAUAGACAUCAGUGUUUUUUUAUUGCCAGGUGUACUCGUGAAGAAUCCUAAAUCCUAUUUAAACAUGCUAGAUGUAAUUUAAGUUACAAAUUACGUUUUAUUGUCUAAAUAAUUGUUAAUGGUUAAAUGUUACAUGUUGAGGUGUUGAGAAUAUGAGAGUGACUGAGAAUAGCUUUGACUGCACUGACCAAGAAACUAUGAGACACACAUUUAAAAAUAUAUAUAUAUUGUUUUAGCUUUGUGUACUGUACCCUCAUAAUCUGUUUGUGUUUAUAUUGAGUUCCCAUAAUGAGUUACUAUAAUGAGUUAUUCUUGCUUUUUUAACUUUCUGCUCAUGAACUUUCCACCCAUCUUCGGUGCUUGUGGAAAAGAAAAUGGAUCCUUGAGUCCGACUCUAAAAGGAGAACUGUACAAAGGGCAAAGGUCAAUAUCCAUAGCUCUGUGAAAGCCUCCCGUUACAGCUGGAGACCAGGGUCUUUUUCAGAUCGACUGAAAGAUCUUGAAGUUGAGAAUACUGAGUCCAGUGAAACCUUCUUAAGGUUCUUAAGGCUUAAAAGCAGGUUCACCCACCAUCAUUUUUCCCAUGCAUUAAAACUGCAGGGAAAAAAUAUGUUUUCUCCUUUCAUUCUAAAUAGGUAUCCCAUGUUGCUCAGGGUCAUUUGGGUGUGUAAAAAUAGUAUCUUGGACCCGAGAGGAACUAGCCAGUCUUGUUUGUUGCUUGCAAGAUGGUGUUGUUUGUUGUUGUAACAUCUGUCAAUCAGGUCCUAGCCACAGGCACUCAAACAACAGUUAAACUACAACCAGCUGGAUGGUAAACAUUCAGGGAAAGAAACACAAAUAAGCAUAUUUAGGUGCAAGCGUGAUGAAGAGAACUGCAAUAAGUGUUUGUCGGGGGAUGGGUGAAAAUCUACUGUGGCUUAAGCGUCUGUAAUCAGGCACUAUUUGUGUUACUCUUGCCAUUGUCUCCUAUUUUAAAUUGCACAAAAUACAUUAGAGUUAUAGGUCAACAGUGUUACUGCCCAUAUGAUCAAAGGGGGACAGUGGGACGAACUGUUAAUGGUCUCACUUUCUUUUGCGGUGCCUUACCUAUGGGAUAAGCAGGUAAAAUAUUUACUUCAGAUUUUUUUUUUUUUUUUAAAGAAAUACAUGUUAGAUUAUUAUAUAUCACAUACAUAUUUAGAUAUUUUAUUCCCCCACAUUACAAUAGCAUAUUUAUAUUUAAACAUUUUUUAAACGUAUUUGUAAGAUUACAAAUCAUUUUUUCUUGAACGAUAUUUUCCUUCUUUUCGAAUACAUAA